AUGUUUGAAUUCAUUACAAAUGAUAGUGUACCACAACCUGAGGAGUUCAAGGACUUGUCGAGCACUGCAACUGUAGAGGAGAUUGAGAGUCUUUGUAUGAACUGUCAUAACGAGCAUGGUCUAACAAAGAUACUGCUCACCAAGAUACCAUUCUUCCGUGAGAUCAUCCUGCUGGCCUUUGAGUGUCCCGAGUGUGGAUUCAAGAGCUCAGAGGUGCAGUCCGGUGGUUCAAUCGCUGACAAGGGUGUUCACAUCGAGCUCACUCUUCAAUCAUACGAGGACAUGAACAGACAGAUUGUAAAGAUGGACACUGCAUCGAUCACCAUCCCAGUGUUGGACUUUGAGAUCCCUGCCUCCACUCAGAGGGGCAGCCUCAACACUAUCGAAGGAUUCCUCAGAGGAUCGAUCGAAGGUUUGAACCAAGCCGCCAAGAUCAAGAGAGAGGACGGAGAUAAUCAGACAGCAGACAGCAUUGUUGCAUUCAUUGCAAAGCUCACUGACUUGAUGUUGGUCGAGCAACCUUUCACAUUGGUCAUUGACGACCCUUCGGGCAACUCGUACGUCGAGAACCCAUUGGCACCAAAGAACGAUCCAAACAUGAGCAUCUCCAAGUACACUAGGACUGAUGAGCAGAACGCUAUGUUGGGCAUCAGCGGUGUCCCAGAGACUUCGACAUCGACAUCGGCAUCCGCCACUGAACAACUCAGCAAACCAUUGGAGGAUCGUGAGAUCCUUUCACUGCCAAACUCAUGCACUCACUGUGGACACUUGGGCAAGAUCAACAUGGUCGUCACAGACAUCCCCUACUUCAAGAACGUUGUGCUCAUGGCAUUCAACUGCGAGGAGUGCGGCUUCAAGACCAACGAGAUCAAACCUGGUGGCGCCAUCGAGCCAAGGGGCCGCAAGCUCACGCUUCGCGUCGAGUCUGUCGACGACUUGUCUCGCGACGUUCUCAAGUCCGAGACGGCCAACGCCAUCAUCCCCGAGUUGGACAUUGAGAUCACUCACGGAUCGCUUGGUGGCAGGUUCACGACCAUCGAGGGUCUGCUCACCACGAUCCGCGACGAGCUCGAGAAGAACCCAUUCUUCCGUGGCGACAGCGCCGACGUCAAGACACGUGCGCGCUACAACGAGAUCAUGUCGGGUCUCGACCGCUUCGUCAGUGGCGAGGAGAAGUUCACCAUGAUCAUCGACGAUCCCAUCUCCAACAGCUACAUCCAGAGUCUCUACGCGCCAGACCCCGAUCCCAACUUGGACUCGGAGGACUACGAUAGAACCUUUGAGAUGAAUGAGGAGCUUGGCUUGAACGACAUCAACACAGAGAACUAUGAGCAUAUCCACGAUGAGGAGCAUGAGAAGGCUGCUGCCGAUGCCGCCGCUGCUGCAACUGCCGCUGCUGAGCAUGAUGGCAAGAAGGACCUAUAG